CCCUGCGUGUUGAAUUAUUAGUGUGCAGGAGGCAUGGGAACGUGCUGUGUGCAGGAAUGCAGGAAUCCUUUUGUUGAUGCGUCUCUAAGGUGACUGACUGCACAGAACAGCACAAGGGGCGGCCUGGCAAGCGGACACUUGGCUUAAAGACAUCAAUCUGGAAAUAAAUCGAUCGGACUUUAAGUGAAGCGGAACUCAAGGUGCUUCCUCAAAGGUGUUUAAACCGUCUGUGCACAUGGAGGCGAGCCUGACAUCAGCCCCUCACUCGGUGAAGCGGUGGCAGCUGAGCGGGACGGACUAUGAGCCGCAGCAGGCCGGCACCCUGCUGUCCGACACCCGCUUCAGCAGCUGGACUCCCCUGAACAACAAGCGGAUCAACCUGCAGUUAUUUGAGGAGAGAGUGAAUCUUGUGCUGCGCUGGUUUGAUCUGUGGACGGACAGACAGAGGAAACACCUGCUGCACUCUCUGCUCACUCGUUGCACCAAGUCACAGCUCAAGUACUGCCAGGAUUUGCUGAUUGAGACGGUUCCGGUCACUAAAGUGGACCUUACGUCGGUGCUGCCUCGGUUUCUCUCCCUGUAUGUGAUGUCAUUUCUGUCCCCACGUGACCUUUGCAAAGCUGCCCAAGUCAGCUGGCACUGGAGGGUUCUAGCUGAGCAGGACUGUCUGUGGGCGGGCCGGUGCAUCAGACGAGGCUGGUUCCUUCCUUACACUCCUGGAGAAAAAGAGUUUGGUGCAUGGAAAAGUCACUAUGUCUCCUGCCUCUCCACACUUGACUGGCUCACUCCACGGGAGGCAGCAGAGAUGUAUGGGACCCUUAACCAGGAAAACACAGGAAUAACAGAGGAAGAGGAAGAGAGGAGGAGGGAGAAGAGGAUCAGGCAGCAAAUCAAAGAAAAGCUUCGAGAGGAGAAGAGACUAUCUGUGAGUGCCAGGAGACCCUGGGGCAGCUACACAAAGCCAGAAAUAGCCAGAGGUGGAGGUACCCAGAAAGGGAGACCCGAGUCUGGCCUAACAUUCAUCUCUCAGCCCUCCCUCUCCUGGCCUCCAAGGAGCGUUGGCUCUUCCAGCCACUCUCUCAGCCUGGAAAGAGGACAGCCCACAAGUGCACUUCAGACCUGGGAGAGAGUCCAGGCCUCCAGCAUUAGCAGACCUGCACAGCCUCACACAGUCUCUCCCCUUCACCUAUCCGCUCCUGCCCUGCUACUGCUCAUCUCCAACAGAAUUCCUGCGUAUGAGCUGGUGUUGAGCGGAGUGAAGCCCGGUGCGAUUGCGGUUCUCUAUGACCAUAGAGGGACUCUCUCAUCUCUGCUAACCCAGGUGGAGAGGGCUAUUUCUGGGAAGCCAGCUCAGAGGAUUGGCCUGCUAGCUUGCGGAGGAACACAGGAAAUUCACCUGCUUCACAACUCUAGCCUAUCAGAGAAGACUCUACUGACUCCUGAUCAUAGGGAAUUCUGGGAAAAACUGUGUGGCAUGGUGGCUCCAACUGAGGAAGGAGGAGGGAUUGACAUAUUCUGCCCGCUGGCUGCAUCUGCAUCAGGAGUGACUCUCCUCCAGAAUCUCUCCACUCUGACUGGUCUGGAGGUUCGGGCACCGGUGGGUGUGGCCACCGGGAAUUUCCAGAACAUCCUCAGCGAGUGGUCUGACGGCAGUGUGCCUACUGGCCUCUCAGAGCACCAGCCAGCACUCCCGGCCCUGCAGUAUGUGUGUGAGGCUGUACUGCAGGGCUGGUGCACACAGGCUCAUUGGAUGGAGGAGGCUCUGGUAGAGCUGAGGAGCACCUUAGGGCUACAGCUACAGUGGACCAGCCUCCAGGCCAGGGGCCGAGCUCUGGGCUAUUUUCUGUGGGAGAGAAUCCGCCUUGAUGAGAUUUGUGUGUCCAGAGAUCUCAGCGAGGCUCUGAUCGAAGGACUCACUGCUCUGACCAGAGAGGAGGAGACCCGACCUGUGGAGUUUCUUUCCAUCUUUCUGAAAAACUGGAAUGAAGAGAAGAAGGGACAAGAGGGUAAUGGACAGGACAGCAGUGGAUCUGAUGGUGGUUCACAGACAUGCUUCAACGUGAUACCUGAUCUACCACAGAUGGUUCUGGAUUGGAGAGGUGCAGCUGCGAGAGAGCUGCACCACAGCGAGUGUCUUUAUCUUGGAAAGCUGAGCGCUGUGCUGAAGGUGUACAAGGAGCCUCUCACAGCAGCUCUGAACUCCAACAGAGCCAUUCUGAGCUAUGCUGACAUCCAUGUUGUCCUCAGUCCUGUUGCACAAAUACUGGAGCUCAACAGGGUGUUUCAGGCUGAUUUACAGGUGCGGCUACAGCAGUGGGGUGCAGAGAAGUGUAUUGGAGAUGUUUUCGUGAAGUUCUGCUCAAAACUUAAAGUCUACACAAACUACCUCAACAACUACACCACUGCCAUCCACACCAUUGAUAAGUGCAGGGAGAGCAAGCCAUCAUUUCGAGCUUUCUUGAAGAGAUCAGACAGAACACUUGCAACUCACAUGCUGAGCCUACAAGAGCUGCUGCUGUGUCCAGUGUGGAGGAUGCAGGAGUAUGUGACUCUGCUUCAAGCUCUGUCCUUGCACACACACCCCGGUCAUCCUGACCACGCACAUCUCCGCUCUGCCCUCAACACGCUGCUCCAGUUCAGAGAGUUCAUACACAAGUUAAAGCGCACCUCAGAGGCAGACAGACUGAUAGAGGAAACGCAGCGACAGAUUCAAGGCUGUCCGAAGCUCAGUGAAGACAACAGGCAACUAAUAAUGACUCAGGAUGCUGCUCUGCACAGGAGCCCUGAUGAGCAGAUACCGGAUUCUCUCAAGACCUAUGAGCACGUCUGUGAUGUGGGCCUCUUCCUGUUCAACGAUGCUUUGGUGUUGACUCGGCAAAAUGUGCGGCACACACCUUUCACGCUGGCUCACCAGAGCACGCACACAUUUCUGGCCUCUGUGGCUCUCACCAGCCUGUCUGUGAGAGAGAUCAGGCACACACGCUAUGUGAGCCAUGCCUUUGUCCUCGAGGGUCCCUGCCACUCCUGGGUCUGUGCCACACAGAGAGGCGAAGAGAGACGGCACUUCCUGUCUGUGCUGCGUUCAGCUAUAGGGUGUGCUUUGGCAGGACAUCAGUGA